UGCAGGAGACUGUCACUCUAUGUUACCAGGCGCCGGAGGUUUUGCUUGGGUCCACAGAUUACUCAACUCGGCAGACAUUUGGGCCGUCAGCAGCAUCUUCGAAGCAGUAGAUUUGCUUCAGAAAUUGUCAUUAGAUUCGCAGACCAAGACCCUGGAAAUUCCAGAGCCUACAAAGAAGCCUUCUGUUAACCAAUAUGGGUCUAUUGAUUCUGGCAAUGCUGCAAAUGGUCAGAUCCAAUUUGAUCUCUCUGUGACUCCAAUGUCGACUGAUUUCAUGGAUCAAUCUUUCUCCUAUCUCCCAAAUGGUUAUCCAUCAACAGCCUAUUACUAUGGAGGCUAUGAUGGGACUGGCGACUGGGAUGAGUACUGGAGAUAUAUGAAUCCAGAGGGAGUAGAUAUGACUUCCGGGGUUUAUGGAGAUAACGGGUCUCUUAUGUACCACCAUGGUUAUGGGUAUGCACUGUAUGGGCCUUAUUCACCAGCAGCUUCCCCUGUCCCAUCUAUGGGAAAUGAUGGUUAG